AUGGCUCGUGAGUUGAUCAUCGAGGAAGUGAACAAAGCAGUACAUUCAAAAAUUGGUGUUCAGGUCUCUGAGUGUGUGGAAAUUUCCAAAAAACUUUUCCCACACUUAACAACAAAUGGGUGUGCACUUUUAACAACACUUUACUUUUCACAGAAAAACAAAACAGGUUUAGUGUCUUUCAAAAAACUUAUAUACGUUCUGCAAUUGUUAGACUACCUUAACGUGCUUAUGAAAGAACUUAGUUAUAAAAUAAUAGCUGUUUUAAUAUUUCUUGUACUUGACAAAGACUUUAGUGGGACGUUGGAACUAAAAGAGAUAACAAACAUGUUUUGCCAAAAAUAUCAUAACUCUGAAAUCCUCAAAAAACAAACACUGAAAUUUUUCAAAGAGUGUGGAAAAAAUGCAGAUGGAUUUUUGACACUUGAAGAAACAAUCAAAGAAACCUCAAGAACUAAAGACUCUAACAUGACACUCGAAACUUGUUUAAAAACCAUCGAACUUCAUUAUGGAAAAGAGUACGACUUACUUGAGUCUGAUAAUAAAAGUCCAUUAAAAACGACUGUUGCUCAAAGUGUUUUGUUGAUAUUUCCCAAAGAGAGCCAUAACAAACUCGAACGUCUUGUCAAUGUAAUUGUUGAAAUUGCAUUUGAAUCAAAAAGACAUACAACAAAAAGAGAGUAUGUCAUGUUACGCCGAAUGUUUGAUUUUCUUAAAGUGAAAAAUAACAACAUUCUAGAUGAGAAGUGUUUAUUGGUUGUUUUGUUUAGACUCUUAGACAAAAAUAGUUCUGGAAAAGUAAGUCUCAAAGAGUUCAGAGCUCUUUCAUCCACAGAGACUCCAAUCCAGAAAUCCGAUUAUGAAAACGUUUUGAAAACAUUAGACAAAAACGAUGAUGGUGUGUUACAACUUGAAGAAUUUAUGAAUCUUGGGAUGUUCACAUUUUUUGUUCUUAACACAAGUACUCAGAAGGAUGUUCCUUCAUUUUUGAAUAACAUACAAAAAAUCGAGAAACAUUAUGCACCCGUGUUUACAAAAGGUGUUGUCAUGCACAACUACGACGGUAAAUUUUUAAGUAAAUUAAACCAAAAACCCAAAGAGGGGUAUGUCGAUUGGAUCUACGUCAAACACCAACUUGACGACCAAUAUGAAAAGGGUAACAUGAUGAAGUUUUUGUUUGAUGUAGCUGAUGAUAAGAAUUUAAACAUAAUCACAUGGAAACAAUCCAAGAUAAUCGAAGACUAUAUAAAGAAAUUUGACGGCAAUGAAGAUGACAAAGAAAUUUUGUCUAUCUGUUUCGACUUAGUUGAACACAACGGAGUUAUUAAUACCGAAGAGAUAGAAGGUAUUUUCAGACACACAUGCCUUAGAGAGUUUGAUAAACAAAGUGACAAUUUAUUGGUGUAUGAUUUGAAUCGAAAUGGUCUGUUCAACAAAAGUGUGUAUCUCAAAUUUAUGGAAGAAAACUAUUUAUCCCCCAAAGAAGACAAAAAGUCAAAAUUUUUGAAUGAAUCUAUUUCGACGUUCAGAAAGCUUGAUGUGAAUAACAACAAAAUGUUAACAGAAGUUGUUGUCCUUAAUCUGUUUGGGCGAUUUGAAAACGCGAAUGAAUGGUUCUGUUGCUACAUUGCAGCAGUGAAACGGAAUAUAUGGAAGAGGCUUUUACAUAUCAACGAGGAGCAGUUCGUGAAGUUGAUGGUAAUGUUAAACGAAAAAAUUGAGGCGAUGAAAGCGGACAACGAAGACUUGUUUUCAGUCGAGCUCAGAGUCUAUGUGAAUAAUAAUGUGUUUUGUUUUGGUAAUGAAGUCGUCGAGGAACUUGGCACUGUUGACACUUUCAACCUAAAACGAGCAAAUGAUGUAAAUUUUGAAGGAGUGUACACUCAAAAUGAUUUCGAUGCUUUUAGUAAAUAUGUUGAGACACUUUGUUGA